AUGACGAUGGUAAUGGAGAAUCAAAACCGCCCUUACGGCGGGAUGAGCUUCGAUAAUGUGUACCACCACAAUCCACCCCAAUUCACAGAUCCCUGGGCGACGGCACACACAUCGACACACUCGACACCACCCGUGUAUGCGACUUCGAUGGGCAACAGCGCUAGCAUGCCGAUCAAUGCCGUCAAGCAAGAGGACGUGGCUCGCUCGGCCGCCAUGUCUAUUCCUUACAGCAACAUUCCCGUGUCUGCACCUGCAAUGGUACCCAGCAACAGCUAUACCACCACCGGCUACAGUGCAGAUGUGUUGAGCAUGCAGCAUGAGGUCCCUCGAACAGCCUACGAGCAAACACCCACCUAUACGACCGCGCCUCCCAUGAGCAGCUACGCGCAGGCCAGCUAUGCCCCCGCCGCAUAUGCUCCAAUCCAUGCCGCUUCUCCAACCGACAUUCGUCGCAUUUCGCACUCUGAUCGAAUCGCAUCUUCAAAUCCUGGACCUUCUUUCGGAGAUGCUCUUGAUGCCAGUCGUGGAAUGGUUGCUCUCAGCCAAGACCUGACCCCUCGCAAUAUCUAUGGACCUCGCGGCGCGCGCAGCUCCACCGAUGCCUACGGCUUCCCUACCAACCACUCAUCAACCUCCUCGAUUUCCUCUGGAAGCACAUACCCUUACUACAGCGCCUCCGUCGGCUCCGUGGAUUCUUCAGUAACCGAUUACAGCUCGACGACAUCCGAGUCGUACGAGUCGCGGACUCUUCCGCGACCAACCAGCCUCUUGGCUGGAAGCGCACCUCCAGGACCUCAGUCCAUGAUGAGCCAAUUCAGUUCCAAGAUGCCAUCCAACACACAGAAGAAGCACAAGUGCAAGGUUUGCGAUAAGCGCUUUACUCGUCCUUCUUCCCUACAGACGCAUAUGUACAGUCACACUGGUGAAAAACCUUUCGCCUGUGACGUUGAGGGAUGUGGGCGUCACUUCUCGGUCGUGUCCAACCUGCGCCGACAUAAGAAGGUUCACAAGGGCGAGAAGGAGGGCAGCUCUCCGGGUGACGACGACGAGUAA